UGCGCUCCAGUCACGAGCAAAGGAAAAAGGAAAUCAUUGUAAAUCCCAUUCAGUGCCUUGUGCGUCCUUUGGACAAAAAAGACGUGUUUGUGUCUCUCCUCUCUCCCCUCAGCUGUUCGUCCCUGUGUCCUCUGUGUGCAGAUCAGGCAUCGAUUGGUCGAGGUUCACCUGAGUUUGCUUCUUUUUUUUUUUUAUAUCCCUCUCUCUCUCUCUCUCCCCCUCUCUCUCUCUAUCUCUCUCUAUCUGUCCCUCAUCGGACUUUCAUUCAAAGCGCCUCUCCACCGUCUCCACGCGCGUUAAAACUCACAUUUUAUUUAUUUAGUUUUUAAAAAUUUUUUUUUGGGGGGGAAGGAAACACCAGUUAGGCUUCUGCACUUUCUGGACUGGAGAUCUGGAGAUGAAGACAGAUUUAACGUUUUUCUGUCGGACUUGGAUUGGAAUAGCGUACGCCUCAGGUCUGGUGAUUGGCUUUUCUAUGACUCCACCCAUCCUCGACAGCUCCAAAGACGACCUAGUGAUUCCAGCCCACGAAACGCUCACUAUUACAUGCAGGGGACAGCGCACUCUGGCCUGGGCCUGGCCUGAUCAGACUCUGCUGGGACAGGAGCUAACCGACCGUCAGGCCCAGCUGCCGGCCACCGGGGCCCCCGGGCAGAGGGUCGCCCUGGUCAGCGAGUGUCCCGGUGAGCCUGGCAGGCCGUACUGCAAGAGGCUGGUCCUGACAGCGGCGCAGGGUGCCAAGGAUACCGGCUACUAUCGCUGCUAUUACAAGGAUGUCAAGGCCAUCAUUGUCGGGACCACUGCCGCUAGCAUUUAUGUCUUUGUCAGAGACCCCGAGCAGCCCUUCCUCACCCACAAAAACGACCUGAAGACCAUUUUAAUCACACGCUUCUCCACGAGCGUCAUAGUGCCAUGUCUGGUCACCGUGCCGGAUCUGAACGUCAGCCUCCACACGUAUCCCGUGCCUCUGGAGGAGAGCGGGAUGACGUGGGACAACAAGCGAGGCUGGUCCAUUCCCAGACAGAACAUAGACAGCGUGCCCAUGCUCAUCUGGGUGAUGUGUGUCGCCACGCUGGGAGGAAAAGAGUAUCAGUCUGCCAACUACUUGAUCCACACUGCAGGAAGUCAGGUUUACGAUGUCAAGCUGUUUCCUGAGGACCCAGUCGAGCUGAUAGUGGGGGAGGCCCUCACCCUGAACUGCACAGCGUUGGUAGAGUUCAACGCCGGAGUGGACAUUCAGUGGUCUUACCCCGGCAAACUGACAAACAGCUGGGUGGACACCAAGCCCUAUCGUGAAGCUCUAUCACACGCCACAGAGGCUGUUAGCAUCCUGACCAUCCACAGUGUCAACGUCACAGACACGGGCCCGUACAGCUGCAACGUCACCAGCAUUGACACGACACAAAUCCAACAAACUCAGGUCAUAGUUUAUGAAAAGCCAUUCAUCAGCCUAAACCACAGAAAUGGACCAGUGAUGGAGGUAACUGCUGGCCAGAAGUCAUUCAAAUUACAAGUAAAUGUGUCCGCCUUCCCCACACCUGAAACCCAAUGGUAUAAAGAUGGAAAACUGAUAAAUCAGCGUCCCGAGUUCAAGAUGAAAAGGAUGAGGAUGCACCUUAACCACGCUUUGGAGAUUAAAGAUGUAUGUCAGGAGGAUUCUGGGCUCUACACGGUGGUGCUGAAGAACAGUGCCGCCUCGCUGGAGAGGAGGCUCAACAUCACACUCGUCGUCAAUGUUCCCCCACAGAUCCACGAGAAAGAAGUGGCAGACCCGUCCAGUCCUUACCCCAGCGGCAGCAGCCAGACGCUAACAUGCACCGCCUAUGGUCUCCCGGCUCCCAACAUCAGCUGGCAGUGGAGGGCCUGGGGUCCCUGUGUCCUCAACAGCACUCAGAGCAGACUGGUCCGACGAGACAGGAAGGGCCGGAGUGACAGGAUCGCCGACUGUCAGAACUGGCAGGACAUUAACUCGGAGGACGCGGCGAACGAAAUCGAGGCUAUCGACACGUCAGUCGAGGUGGUGGACGGCCGGCAAAAGAUAGUGAGCAGGCUGCAGAUUCGCAACGCCAGCGUUUCCGUCAUGUACAAGUGCUCCGCCGAGAACAAAGCUGGGAAAGAUGAGCGGCUGAUCUACUUCUAUGUGACCACCAUCCCCGAGGGGUUCAGCGUGGACGUCCAGCCCUCAGAAAACCCCCUGGAGCAGGAGAGAGUGUCCCUCUGCUGCAGCGCUGACAACUACACCUACGAGCAGCUGCAGUGGUACCGCCUCGACCCUCGGGCCCUGCAGGACGAGCACGGCAAGCCCCGGGAGCUGGACUGCAAGAACGUGCACCAGUACGCGGCCGCCCUCGACGGCCAGCUCUCUUUCCAGGAGCCCUCCAACAGCUGGGUCCUGGACUUCACCGUCGGCUCCGUCAGGCUGCAGGACGAAGGUCACUAUGUGUGCGAGGCUCAAAGCAGGCGCAGCGGGGAGAAACAGUGUCUGUUCAGAUACAUCUCUGUCAAAGCCCUGGAGGCGCCUCGCUACAAACGCAGCCUCACCAACCAGACGGUGAAUGUGACCGAGUCCCUGCGGAUGGAGUGCGACGUGGAGGGCAGGCCGCUGCCCCGCCUCUACUGGUUCAAAGACAGCCAGCCUCUCCACCAAAUGUCAGGGGUCCAGCUGCAGGAUUCAAACCGCACACUUAGUAUCCAGAGGGUCAGAGAGGAGGACGCCGGGCUGUACACCUGCACCGCCUGCAACCAGCGCGGGUGUGUCCACUCCUCUGCCGCCGUCCAGGUCAUCGGUUCAAGUGAUAAGGCCAACGUGGAGAUCGUAAUCCUCAUCGGGACCGGAGUCAUCGCUGUGUUCUUCUGGGCCCUGCUCAUCCUCAUCUUCUGCAAUGUGAAGCGGGUUAACCCGGCUGACAUAAAGACAGGCUAUCUAUCGAUCAUCAUGGACCCGGGGGAGGUGCCGCUGGAUGAGCAGUGUGAAUACCUGCCUUACGACUCCUCGCAGUGGGAGAUCUCUAGAGACAGACUCCGAUUAGGGAAGGUUUUAGGCCACGGUGCCUUCGGGAAAGUAAUUGAGGCUUCGAUCUACGGCAUCAGCAAGAGCAACAGUUUGGACACGGUGGCUGUCAAGAUGCUGAAGGAUGGAGCCACAGCCAGCGAGCAUAAGGCCUUGAUGUCGGAGCUGAAGAUACUGAUUCACAUCGGCCACCAUCUGAAUGUGGUGAACCUGUUAGGGGCCUGCACUAAACCCAACGGUCCGCUGAUGGUGAUAGUGGAAUACUGCAAGUAUGGGAACCUGUCCAACUUCCUCCGAGCCAAGAGAGAGUUCUUCCUCCCAUACAGGGAUCGCUCUCCUAAAACUCAGAGCCAGGUGAGACGGAUGAUCGAGGCCGGCCAGAUGGACCAAAGGGCUCGUCGCUCGCCUUCUCCCUCCUCCUCCACGCCCACCGCCCCGCAGAGUCCGUCAUCCAGCGCGCCCGCUCAGGAUCCUGCCGUGGAGAAAAUGGAGGACUUGUGGAAAACUCCUCUGACGAUAGAAGACCUCAUUUGCUACAGCUUCCAGGUGGCUCGUGGGAUGGAGUUCCUGGCCUCCAGAAAGUGUAUCCACAGAGACCUGGCAGCUCGGAACAUUCUCCUGUCGGAGAGCAACAUCGUGAAGAUCUGUGACUUCGGCCUGGCCAGAGACAUAUACAAAGACCCCGACUACGUCAGGAAAGGCAACGCUCGUCUGCCUUUGAAGUGGAUGGCUCCGGAGAGCAUCUUUGACAAAGUCUACACCAGCCAGAGUGACGUGUGGUCUUUUGGAGUUCUGCUCUGGGAAAUCUUUUCACUGGGCGCGUCUCCGUACCCUGGAGUGCAGAUCGAUGAAGACUUCUGCAAGCGACUGAAAGACGGCGUCAGGAUGAGGUCGCCGGAGACAGCCUCCCCUGAAAUAUAUGGCAUCAUGCUGGCCUGCUGGCACGGUGAGCCCAAAGGGAGGCCGACGUUCCCGGCCCUGGUGCAGAUCCUGGGGGACCUGCUGCAGGACAACAGCCUGCCCGACGGGAAGGACUACGUCCCUCUGAACCACUCGCAGAGCUCUGAGGACGAUGGUUUCUCACAGGCGUCAUCGCGGCCUCCAUCUGAAGAGGAGCUGAGACUGGCCUGCAACACUCUGCCCGCCAGGUAUUAUAACUGCGUGCCCUUCACUGGCUGCGUGUUCGCGGGACCCUCCAAAGUGUGCCAGCCCAGAGUGAAGACAUUUGAUGAGCUGCCCCUGGAGAUGCACCCCCAGAAGGCUCCUCAAGACAACCAGACGGACAGCGGGAUGGUUCUGGCCUCCGAGGAAUUUGAGAGAAUCGAACAUCAGCACAGGGGUGCCGUCUCCAAAAGUCGUAUAGGCAGCAGCAGCAGCACGGAGCCUCUGACGGCCUCCCAUGGUUCUCUGGGCCGAAGCAGCGGCGCCUGCAGCUCCCGGCACCGUCCCAACUUCUUCAGCCAGCUGUCAGGACAGACCUUCUACAACAACGAGUACGGACACCUGUCCGAGGAGGGCUUCUGCGACUUCUUCUCCUCGCCGGACGCCCCCUGCCUUGCCUCCUCCAAUGUGUAACCUUGCCAAAGAUCAAAGAUGCGGCCCGAGAGAUGGUGAAAAGAAAAAAGAAGCGGACAGGGCAGGUGGGGGGAGUUGUAUAAGGCUUUAGUAACAUCCCAGUAUCGACAUGCUACUACUCAUUUAUUCCUAAAGAUCAGGUUAUAGAGCAACCUCAUCUCAGAAUCCUCUCUCUCGGGCUGCUGCCUUAACACACGGACUGAACUGUUAGUUCCUCUAAUGAGCCACUGGGUGGCAGCAUUAUGAUAAAAACAAGUAUUUUCUAGUCACAUUUAUAAUUUUAUCUUUUAUAUAUACAGAGUAUUCUUCCUUUAUUUGUACAAAUUAUGACUCAUACGGGGAGAAAUAAAGAAAUUUAUCUUCU